AUAUAGCCUGUUUGGUAAUUAAUUAGCCUAUCGCUAUUAGUUGUUUGGUUAAUAAGUUUUUUGUAACUCCAAAUUACUAAAAUUCAAAAGACGAUUCAAAACAGUCUUUUCAAUUAAUUUUUUGAGAAAAGAAAUUAUACCAAACAGCUAUCAGCUAAUAGUUAAUCUAUCAAAUAACUUUUUACAAUCAGCUAAUGUUAUUAACUAAUCAUACCUUGUAACCUAUUCAGCUAACGGCCGUUUACCAAACAGGGCCAUUAUAUUAUUACAUACCGCCAUAAAUCCAAAACCUUAGAAUUUGAAUAUAAUUCGAAAUUUAAGGCCCGCGAUUAAUAUAUAAUGGCGCGGAAUUUGAGUUGGUUGGCGCCGAUUGCGUUAUUGUUGUUGUUGUUAUCGGGAUCUGAGGGGUUUAUCGGGAUGCAAUGGGGGAGAUUCGCGACGCAGAGCUUGGUGCCAUCAAUGGUGGUGGAUAUGCUUCUGCAGAACGGGAUAAGGGAGAUCAGACUGUCGUCGCCAUCCCCGAACGUGAUGAUGGCGUUGCAGAGGUCGGAGCUGGGCGUGACGGUGGCGUUGCAGAAUGAUUUCAUCAAACGCCCCAAAUGGUUGAGCAAUAUCAAAAACGUUAGCUCCUGGGUGGAAGAACUUCUCGUCCCGCCUGUGCAUAGAGGAGUCCACAUCAAGACAUUGGUUAUUAUGGAACAACCAUUCACGAUUAACCGAGGACCGAUAUGGAACCUCACUGAUAUCUUCAAAGAGACUGUACUUGCAAUGGAAGAAUACGGCCUUACGCACAUCAAACCCACAACCAGCCAUUUCACCGACAUCUUGAAGAACGUAACCAAGCCAUCGGAAGCCGAUUUCCGCGACGACAUCAAGGACAAGAUGCUCGAGUUUCUGAAGCUCUUGAAGAACUCCAAUUCCUUUUUCAUGUACGAAAUCUACCCCAUCAUAUCCGCCGACGUCAACGGCUGGCCCAUCGAAUUCGCCUUCAUGGACAACAAUUCCAGUUUCGCAAUCGUCGACGGCAAGUACACUUACCGGAACGCGUUCGAGUUUCUGUUCGACGCGCUGGUCGUGGCGCUUGAGAAAGCGGGGUAUCCGCACAUGGAGAUCGUGCUCGGGGAGAUCGGAUGGCCAACGGACGGCGGAAAAUACGCGACUCCGGAAAACGCGGAACGGUUUCACCGCGGUUUCCUGAAGCACAUAGCGGCGAAGAAAGGGACGCCGAGGCGGCCGGGGAAGAAUAUUGACGUUUUCCUCGGAUCGUUGACGGACGAGAACAAAUUCGCGCCGGCUUUGGGGCCGAUGCUGCGUCACCGGGGGAUCUACGACUUCGACGGCACGGCGAAGUACAAGAUCGAUUUCAGCGGAAAAGGACGCGAUAUUUAUCCGAUCACGGCGGCCGGCACCGUGAAAAUGCCGUCGCGGUGGUGCAUCUUCAACAAUGAUACCAGCAACAUGACCAAAGUGGAUGAGCAAUUUCAGAUUGCUUGUAAGUAUUUUGAUUGCACCGCCCUGUACCCGGAUUCUUCGUGCAGUAACCUCAGCCACUCCUCCAAUGUGUCUUAUGCUUUCAACAUGGUUUAUCAGGGCAUGAACCAAGACCAGGAGAGCUGUUAUUUUGCAGGGUUGGGUGUACUAACCCCUUUUGAUCCUUCAGUGGGUUCUUGUAAAUUCCCAGUGGAGAUUUUGACUGCGGAGAAGGUAGAUGGUGGCAUUCAAGUCCUCGGUUAUAUUGGUUAUUCCAAAUCCACCAGUGAGAGACUCAAAUGUUACACAACACUACAAGUGUUGCCCAUUGGUCUUAUGUUAUUAUUUAUGUUUAAAAAACAGUUGAAUUUUUUAGUUUGAGCGUGAAUGUUUAUGAUACGACAUGGGACAUGCACGAGAAUGGAUUGGGACAGAUGAGGUGCAUAAAUUUGAUUAUGUUCAAGUGAUAUGUGUAUAAAUCUCUAUUGUACAUACGACAACAGAAUAUAUGAAAUAUAUCUAUUGUAUAUAUGACAAUAGAUUUUAUGGAAUAUAUAAACUUUUCUUUACUUUA